AUGGGCCACGUGGGGACUCAGCCUGUGGCCCCCGAUGGCGGGCGGGCGGGCGGCCGCGUGCGGCACCCUCACGCAGGCGUUACGUCCCUGGCCGUGCAAGGGCGGGUCACGGCUUCGAUUUUGACGCGAGCACCUGCCCGCCAUCCAGAAGGCCUCCACCAAAUCAUCGAGACCCUCCUGUGCCCUCCCUGGGCAGCGCGACCUCAGAUGCCCGUCGCUGCUGCGUCAUUUCUGCGCUUCGGAUCCCGGGCGACGGGACAGGCUUCGGGGCGAACGCCCGACCCCUGCCGUCCUCAGGAGACACAGCCAGUGCGCCGGGCCCAGAGCUUUCCCCCUGCACAGAUUGUCCCGCGGCUCCUGGAUGCGCCAGCACAGACGUCCCGCAGCCCAAGGCCCCAGGACGAGGAGCCGCAGGUGCAGGUGGUGGGAGGGAGCGCCCAGGGAGCGUGGGCGGAGCUAAGGCAGCCGCCCCUUGCCCUGCUGCCCAAAGUCAUCACCGUGCUCUUGGCAUCCUUGGUGCUCGCUGAGGUCACCAGCCACCAUCUGGACCUGUCCGAGGAGAACCACAGCCUGCCCACGCUCACGUUUGUGCUCCCGAGGCCACCGUCACAGCCACGCCUCUGCGCCAUCCUCUGGAAUGCGUCCCCCCACAGCAUCCUGCUCCAAACCCUCAAAUGCAGGAAGAACUCUUACACAGGGCAUACAUUAGCAUGCCCCGCCCCGCCGCCGGGAGGCGGCGCGCGGGGCUCGGCCGGGCCGGGAGCGGCGCGCAGCAGAGCGGGGCGCUCGGGCGCAGGGGUGCAGGGACGCAGAGCAGCGGAGCGGGGCGCGGCGGCGCGGGGAGCCGGACGCAGGGGCGCGGGAGCGCGGGGACCCCCACAGCCGCGCCGACCGCCCCGCGAGCGGGAUGGGGCGCCGCGCCGCCCCCGGCCCGGCCCGCCGCCCCCCCGGCCCCGGCUCCCGCCGCUGCCGCUGCUGCUGCUCGCGCUGGCGGCCCGCGGGGGCUGUGGCGCGCCCGCGCCCCGCGCGGAGGACCUCAGCCUGGGAGUGGAGUGGCUGAGCAGAUUUGGCUACCUGCCCCCAGCCGACCCCACAACAGGCCAGCUGCAGACACAGGAGGAGCUGUCCAAGGCCAUCGCCGCCAUGCAGCGGUUCGGGGGCCUGGAGACCACCGGCAUCCUAGACGAGGCCACCCUGGCGCUGAUGAAAACCCCUCGGUGUUCCCUCCCCGACCUCCCAGCUGCGGCCCCGGCCCGAAGGAGGCGCCAGGCUCCGGCUCCCGCCACGUGGAACAGGAGGAGCCUGUCGUGGAGGGUCCGCACGUUCCCGCGGGACUCGCCCCUGGGCCGGGACACCGUGCGCGCCCUCAUGCACUACGCCCUCAAAGUCUGGAGCGACAUCACACCCCUCAACUUCCACGAGGUGGCGGGCAGUGCCGCGGACAUCCAGAUCGACUUCUCCAAGGCCGACCACAACGACGCCUACCCCUUCGACGGCCCAGGCGGCGCGGUGGCCCACGCCUUCCUCCCCGGCGACCAGCUCUCCGCGGGGGACGCCCACUUCGAUGACGAUGAGUCCUGGGCCUUCCGCUCCCCAGACACCCACGAUAUGGACCUGUUCGCGGUGGCCGUCCAUGAGUUUGGCCACGCCAUUGGGCUGAGCCACGUGGCGGCCGCGAGCUCCAUCAUGCAGCCGUACUACCAGGGCCCCGUGGGCGACCCUCUACACUACAGGCUCCCCUACGAGGACAGGGUGCGCGUCUGGCAGCUGUAUGGCGUGCGGGAGUCCGUGUCCCCCACGGCACAGCCGGACACCCCAGAGCCCGAGGAGCCUCCCCUCCCGCCAGAGCCCCCCAACAACCGGUCCGGCACCCCACCCAGGAAGGACGUGCCUCUCCGCUGCAGCACUGACUUUGACGCGGUGGCCCAGAUCCGCGGCGAGGCCUUUUUCUUCAAAGGCAGGUACUUCUGGCGGCUGACCCGGGACGGGCACCUGGUGUCGCUGCAGCCCGCACAGAUGCACCGCUUCUGGCGGGGCCUCCCGCUGCACCUAGACGGUGUGGACGCCGUGUUCGAGCGCACCAGCGACCACAAGAUCGUCUUCUUCAAAGGAGACAGAUACUGGGUAUUUAAGGACAAUAACGUAGAGGAAGGAUACCCGCGGCCCGUCUCAGACUUCGGCCUCCCGCCGGGCGGCGUCGACGCUGCCUUCUCCUGGGCCCACAAUGACAAGACUUAUUUCUUUAAGGACCAGCUGUACUGGCGCUUUGAUGAGCACACACGGCGCAUGGACCCCGGCCACCCCGCCCGGAGCCCCCCGUGGAGGGGCAUCCCCAGCACGCUCGACGACGCCAUGCGCUGGUCCGACGGUGCUGCCUACUUCUUCCGUGGCCAGGAGUACUGGAAGGUGGUGGAAGGCGAGCUGGAGGCGGCACCCGGGUACCCGCGGUCCACAGCGCGGGACUGGCUGGUGUGCACAGACCCACAGGCGGACCCGGAGGGCGAGGACGGAGAGGCCGGGGCCCACGCCCGGCCAGGACAGCGCGGCCAGAGCCGCUCAGAGGACGGCUUCGAGGUCUGCUCCUGCACCUCCCCCGCCUCCCCUCCCCCGGGGGCCUCGGGCCCUCUGCUGGCGGCCACGCUCCUGCUGCCCCUGAUUGCGCUGUGGUCGACGGCCCCCGGCACUCUGACAGCCGCCGGCCUGUGGUGACAGGGCCGAUGGGUCGCAGUGGGCCUCAGGGCAAGGACCAGCACCCCCACCCCUCCAGUGCCCGGACCCACAGUUCCUCAGCGGCCCCGGCCUUGCAGAUCCAGACGCACUGCCGGCCCUGAGCAGCGGCCUGGCCAUGCCCCUGCGGACUGGCAGGAGGCCGGCAGAGGGCGCUGCCCCCGGGGCGGCUCAGCCGCAGAAGAGCAGAAAAGCAACCUGCCACCUGUCCUUCCUUUUCUGCCACGAAGUGGCCUGACUGCCAUCUGUGAGUUGGGGACACUCUGUCAAGGCCGGGCUGGGGACAGGAAGCGUCCCUGCAGCGAGCAGGCAGCUGGAUCGCACAGAACUCAGCUGAUGAGCCAGGGGACGCAGGGCUGGGGACGGGAGGGCAUUCGGUGGCCACGCUGCCCCCAGCCCCACCGGCCAGCACCACCAGCCCCGUCUGUCGUCCAUACUGCUGCCCCUGGUGCUUCCGCCCACGGGGGCUUUUGUCCCCAGUCCCUGCGGGCCUGCAGCUGCCUGCACAGGGAAGCAGAGGAGUCCCCCAAGCUGGGGCCUCUUGAUGCAUUUCAAACAAACACGACCUUUCCCUGCUCCGUAA